AUGCUCGUGCGGAAAGCGCAGAGUAAAAAGAAAUCAACGACAGGUUUGCCUACUGUCAUUCCGUUAGACAGUAGUUUAACAUCAAUAGAAUGGCUACCAAAUAUGCAAAUAGGAGAAAAUUCAUCAUCAUCAUCAACAACAAUAACGACAACAUCAGUACUAACACCAACGACACCAACAUCUGUUAAACAUUCUUUACCUGUCACAACUAAUUUUCAACAUAAAAUCGAGGCUACGGAAGUCGAAAUACCAACAACAACGGUUAGUGAUAGUGCUCACGCUAAACCUCCAUACAGUUAUGUGACAUUAAUUCGACAAGCUAUUCUUAGUGCUAGAGGGCAACGAAUGACAUUAAAUGAAAUUUAUCAAUGGAUUGUUGAUUCCUAUCCAUAUUUUCGUACAGCACCACCUAAAUGGAAGAAUUCAAUUCGUCAUAAUUUAUCAUUAAAUAAAUGUUUUAAAAGACUUCAAAGAAGUACAAAUGAUCCUGGAAAAGGUUCGUAUUGGGCAGUUGAUGAGACAACUGAUAGUAAUAAUCAAAUGAAUUCUCGUAAACGAAAAUUUGACGAUAUACAACCAUCUCCGCAUUUAUUACCUUUAUCACCAGGUGGUUUACUUCAACAACCACAUGGAUUUUAUACAAAUAACAAUCCAAUGAUUUGUGGUGAUAUUAGUAGUGUUGGAGGACAAUCUUCAUCUACAGACGAAUCGGAUUCUACUAUGUCUCUUGCAGCAAAUCAGACUUUAUUACAAUGGGAUGAUUUAAAUCUUGAUUUAACUGCUUCAUUUCGUCGAUUUCGUGAACAAGUCUUGGAUGUUGCUCCAUCAAUGUUAACGACAACAACUUCCGAUAUCUCAUCUACGAAUCAUAUAAAUACAACUACUUGGAGUUAUGAUCUAUUUCCAAAUGGCGAAACAAAUAGUUUUUUUGAAAGUGUUAAAUUAGCAUCAAGCGGAGAAAUCAAUUGGAAUGAAAUUGAUGUUAAACCUUAUUGUGAAUUUCUUGAUGGUUUUCGAACAAAUUCAACAUUUCAACAACAAGAUCGAGAAAAAUUUAUGAAUCUUGCUACAUCACUUUCGUCGUUUUUUGAUUAUACAGGAAUUACUAAUUUGGCACAAACAAGGAUUGCAAAUGAAUCAUUUUCAGGAAAUCGAUUACCUAUAAUACCACAUCGAUUAACAGCGGACUCAAUGAAUAAUCCGAAUUCACUUCCAGUUGUACUUGAAGAAGAACCAACUUUUGAUUGGGAUUCAAUAACAUAA